AGGUUCCCGCGGUUUUCAUUCAUCGCUGACCACGAGGAAGAGUAAACUUGUCAUUGAAAUUCUGUCAAAAAAUCUUGUAAAAACACUUGAUUUAAGAAAGAGAAAAUCCUGAAACAUCGUCAAAAAUGAGUUCAGAAGACGUUGAGAUUAAAGACGCUAUAAAUGGUCGCCCUCUUUUGCCAAAGGGAAAAGAUUCAAACGAGGUUUUGAGUCAAGGAAGCGAUAGCUCAGGCCGUGACUCGCCGGUGGUCAACGUGGACGACCAAAGAGAAACUUGGGGGAGAAAGGCUGAUUUUAUGCUUUCUUGUGUUGGAUACGCUGUUGGUCUAGGGAAUAUCUGGCGUUUUCCAUAUCUUUGCUACGCCAAUGGAGGAGGAGCAUUCUUGAUUCCUUAUCUUAUUAUGUUGGUAAUUUGUGGUAUGCCAAUGUUUUACAUGGAGUUGGCGGCUGGACAGUACUUCAGCCUUGGACCUAUUGGUGUUUGGGGAUCAAUAUGCCCUCUGUUCAAAGGUAUUGGUAUGGCAAGCAUUGUUGUCUCAUUCCUGGUUUGUAUUUACUACAAUGUCAUCAUUGCUUGGUGUCUCUACUUCCUGGCCAUUUCAUUCCGUAGUGAGGUGCUUUGGAAACACUGCAAUAAUUGGUGGAACACAGACAACUGUUAUGAGGGCAGACUUCCUGAUGCCAAAAACUGUGCCAGCAUGAUAAAUGCAACCAUCAAUGCAACAGUUGCCGGUGGUAACAUCACUAACUGUACUUCAAUUAACACCAAAGAUCUAACUUCACCCUCACUUGAAUUCUGGAAUCACUAUGUGUUGGAGAUUAGUGAUGGUAUUGGUAACCCAGGAAUUGUCAAGUGGGAGUUGUUCUUGUGUCUUGUCAUUGCAUGGAUUGGAAUAUAUUUCUGUAUGUGGAAAGGUGUCAAAUCGUCUGGAAAGGUUGUGUACUUCACUGCUACAUUCCCAUAUGUUGUCUUGUUCAUUCUAUUCAUCCGUGGUGUUACUUUUCCUGGCGCCAACAUUGGAAUAGAGUACUAUCUGACUCCUAAGUGGGAAAAAUUGAAAGAUCCCAAGGUGUGGGUUGCAGCUGCUACUCAGAUAUUCUAUUCAUUAGGAAUUGGAUUUGGAUCUCUUGUGGCCAUGGGAAGCUACAAUAAAUUCCAUAACAACAUAUUCAGAGAUGCUGUCACUAUAUCAAUAAUUAACUGUGCAACAAGUGUCUUUGCUGGCUUUGUUGUCUUCUCAACACUUGGAUUUAUGUCUUACACUCUGAAUAAGCCAAUUGAAGAAGUUGCAGGCUCUGGACCUGGUUUAGUAUUUGUGGUGUACCCCCAGGCCAUUGCGCAAAUGCCUGUUUCCCCCGUGUGGGCCAUCUUGUUCUUCAUUAUGAUUCUGACGUUAGGUCUUGACAGCCAGUUUGGUAUGAUGGAAGCAGUUAUCACUGGUUUGGUCGAUGAGUACAAAAUCCUUAAUAAACGUAAAGAAUUGUUUGUUGCUGCAACAUGUCUGCUGUGUUUCCUGCCUGGAAUAACCCAUGUUACACAGGGAGGAGCCUAUGUCCUGAACCUGUUUGACUUCCAGUCUGGAGGAGUUUCACUACUGUUCCUUGGCUUCUUUGAAACACUCUCUCUUGCUUGGAUGUAUGGUACUACAAGGUUCUCUAAAGAUAUUGAAGACAUGGUUGGCUCAAGACCUGGUAAAUGGUGGAAGUUCACUUGGAAGAUUUGUGCUCCAACAGUUAUGUUAGGGGUGUUCUUCUACAGCAUCUCACAGUGGAGUGGAGUCACUUACGGAGAAUACAAAUAUCCAUCAUGGGCGGAGUUUCUUGGAUGGGUUAUUGCGUUAUCAUCAAUGUUAUGCAUUCCUGGAUUUGCCAUAUAUCAAAUAUUAACCACACCUGGAACCUUUAUGGAGAGAAUUCAUUUCCUAAUGCAACCAAACAGAGAAGUAUUAGACAAAAUUGAGGAGAGAGAAGGACUAGAAAGGAAAAUUCCACUUGUAAAAGUAUAAAAUCAGUGGAACUGCCUUUUUGUAGAUCAACGUGCUGGCACUCUGCAUCAACAGUGGUUCAUCUGAAUCAAGACAUUCUGUGAAUUGCUUUAAGAGACUGUAUGCAGGUCCUUUUUAUUAAACUGUAUUAUAAAGAGUGUUUACAUUCAAGAAGACACUAAACAUCUAAAAAAGACAAGAUUUAACUUGUUUACUGCCUGCUUACAGACUAAAAUUGAUUGAUUUUGUAUUAGUUUGUUUGUUACGGUGAAUAUUUUGAGGUCCUGAAGUUAUUUUCAAGAAAGUUAGGUAGAAAUCAUCAAUAUUAAUGGCAUUAGAAUAACAUCAUACAUGCCACUUGAUUUUAGUUAGUUUCCUAUGUACUAUAGCUUCUCUAAAAAGACUUGAUAAAGACUGAACUAAGUUGUACAAUAUGAAUGGAAGACUUGAUCAAGAGGGAAGCAAGUUAUAGCUCCUCUCAGAAGACUUGAUCAAGACUAAACUGAGUUGUACAAUAAGGAUAGAAGACUUGAUCAAGAGGGAACCAUGUUUGUACAAUAAAGAAAUAUUAGAUUUCAUAAGAUGUAAAUUGUGCAAUAAUUAUCAGAAGAAAAAACUUAACUUGAAAAUUACUUUAUUGGAAUUUUUCAUAGUAUAUUUAUAAAACCAUUGUAUAUUUUGCACUAUAAUUAUAAAUUAACUAUUAUAAUAUAUCCAUUUUGUUAAAGUUAAAAAUGUUCAAACAAUUUGAUAAGUUACACUGUGUCAGUGUCCAGGGUCUGUAUAUUUUACUCCAUGAUCUUAAUAACUAUUUCACUAGAUAUCUUUAUCAUCAGGAUAGUAUGGCUAAAGCAACAUAUUAUGUAAUAACUAUAAUUUAUAGAUGAUUUUAUGAGCCAAUCACACAUAAAGUAGCCAUUUCCCUCAAUUACAUCACUCUCAGUUUAGCAAUGAACAGGUAGUGAGUUUCCUUCUUCUGUGAAAAGAAAGAAAGAAAAGAUGGAAAAAAUGAAAGACACCCAAUGGGUUUUGCUCCAAAAAAUGCAUUCUUUUCAUCAAUGUUGGAAAACCACUAUCUUCAGUUAUAUCAAGAGUCGUUGAGUUAGUUCUAGUUAGGUCACUUCAAUAAGUUAUUUUUGCUAUUUGUUUAAAUUUUGCAUGAAACCAGGAAUUAUUGGUUGGUAAUGGUGCAAUAAGAAUAUUCAUGUUGCAUUGAUUAGCAAGUUUAAGAAGCAGUUUUUCUAGAUACCCCAUACUAUCAGUAGUAUGCAUUCCCAGUUGUAGUUUUAUAAAGUGUAGUUAUUCAUGUAGUUUAAUCAGUAAAAAGAACAAGAACAUUAUUUUGUAACUAAGUUAAAUAUUAAAUAAAGCGAAAGUGUGUUAAAA